UCUAAAGAGAGACAACAUGCCUGAGACACUGAAAGCCCCCGCAGUGAAGGCGCCCAAGAAGGGCACAAAGAAAGCCGUUUCUAAAGCCACCAAGACCGGCAAGAAGAGGCGCAAGUCCCGGAAGGAGAGCUACGCCAUCUACGUGUACAAGGUGAUGAAGCAGGUUCACCCCGACACCGGCAUCUCCUCCAAGGCCAUGGGCAUCAUGAACUGCUUCGUGAGCGACAUCUUUGAGCGCAUCGCCGGUGAGGCCUCUCGUCUGGCUCACUACAACAAGCGCUCCACCAUCACCUCCCGGGAGAUCCAGACCGCCGUCCGCCUGCUGCUCCCCGGGGAGCUGGCGCGAAGCACGCGGUGUCUGAGGGCACCAAGCGCCGUGACCAAGUACACGAGCUCCAAGUAA